GGUAUAUUAUUGAAAAUGAUUUAGUACAAUACUGAAAUCAAAAGCAGACAAAACGUCAAUGAAGACGCGGCAGAUCAUCCAAAAUGCUACAAAAAAAAGCAAUGAAUAAUUUGUGAACAUUAUAGGCGAGAUUAUUUUUCAAAAAGCACAUUAUUCCAAAACUGCUUUACAGAACCUAAAUAAAGAAAACAAUCAUUUAUAUUUAUCAAAAUCGCUUACGGUAAUGUACACGAGCGCCCUCUAGCCACGGUUUUACCACCUCACCGAUUUCAUCACUUCAUGUCUUCAUGUUUAUUUUUCAGGUAUUUGAAUGUCUGCGUUUACAAGGAUAUGGGAUAUAUCUUUUGUGUUACGAGACUUAAAUAUCAAGUUCCAAAUAUCAAGGACUUACUAAUAAUAGCCUAGCAGUCGGUUGAUAGCAUUAGUCUGAUAACUUUGUCUUUGUGGAGGGUUUGCUGAUCAGCUUAAGUCACAUGUCGACUCAGCGGAAAACAACGAGCUUGUGUCUCUCCUCAGACACCAGUACAUCUGACAACAGAAAAUAGGAGUAUAUUAGUUAGACACAAUCUUUCUUCUGGAACGGCCAAAUAUCACUUGCUGACGUCACUGCCUUUUGGUUUGGAUAGAAAUGCAUGUAUUCGGUGGCUGUCAGGCGUGGGGGGCUUGGUCCUGAUGGUAGUUUGAGGGAUGGGAAGUUGUUUUGGAGUGAUCCGUCAAAGGUCUCGCCUGUCCUCCAGAAAUGCACCCAGCAACGGCAACAAACGAGGAGGACGCAACGAGCCCCUGAAGAAAGAUAAGCCCAAGUGGAAAAGUGACUAUCCUAUGACGGAGGGCCAGCUGCGCAGUAAAAGGGAUGAAUUCUGGGAUACAGCCCCAGCUUUUGACGGCCGUAAAGAGAUCUGGGACGCGCUCAAAGCUGCAGCUGUGGCGAUUGAAUGUAACGACCACCAACUAGCACAGGCUAUUGUAGAUGGAGCCAGCAUCACACUGCCUCAUGGAUCCCUCAUGGAGUGUUAUGAUGAACUGGGGAACCGCUAUCAGCUUCCUGCAUACUGCUUGUCUCCACCUGUCAACCUGGUCUCUGAGUGCAACGAUCAUAAUGCGUCUGAAAACGCUGAGCCACAGGAGAAAAAAGAGAAGGAGUUUCAGUUGAAGGUUCGUCUGUCCACUGGGAAAGACCUUCGCCUCAGUGUCACCAUGGCCGAUUCCAUUCGUCAGCUCAAGAAACAGCUCCAAAUUCAGGAAGACAUUGAUACCGCUCACCAGCGCUGGUUUUUCUCUGGAAAGCUUCUUACAGAUAAAACCCGCUUACAGGACACCAAGAUCCAGAAAGACUUUGUAAUACAGGUCAUUGUUAGUCAACCUAUUGUUACCAGCUAAACACUGUGGACCAGUAUUCAGUGAACUAAUGUCAAUUGUGAAACGCAACCUUUUCUUUUAGGAACAUUUAUUUAUUUUCAAACUUGAGAGGAACUAAAAGGUUAAUUGUACAUGUUAAUAUGUGUAAAAGUUGCAUGUUGUUUUACAAUAAUUGGGAGUGUACAGUCACAUUCUCAGGUUGUUGUUUACUAUAAGUUUAACUGUCCAUAUCUGUGUACAUUAUAUACUUUGCCUUCUUGGUUAUAAUAUCCUUACAUAUGUUGUGUGGAUAUCAAUUUCCAGGCUUUGUGGUAUCAAUUGCCUUGAUCCAUUCUACCAGGGAUGUCCAAACUCAGUCCUGGAGGGCCGGUGUCCUGGAGAGUUUAGCUCCAACACUAAUCAAACACACCUUAACCAGCUAAUCAAGCUUUUACUAGAUAUACUAGAGCAGUGUUUCUCAACCACAUUCCUGGAGGACCACCAACACUGCAUGUUUUGGAUGUCUCCUUUGUCUGUCACACCCUUUACACCUCUUUUAGUCUCUGCUAAUAAGCUCACGUGGUUGAGAGACACUGUACUAGAGAGUAACUGGCAGAUGUGUUCAGCAGGACUCCAGGAGUUCGGACACCCCUGCAUUAUACAGUUUACUGUCUAUUUACAGAGCUUAAGGAUCUUUUUUUUAGACAGCAUUAUGUUAUUGCAUAUUUAUAGAACUUUGACUCGUUGAAUGGUUGAACAAUGGCUGUUGAACAACAACAUUCAAACCUUGGUACUGUGUUGGAUUAUGCAUUGAGAGAUGUAUUUCUUUUUCAUUUGUGAAGUACUGACGGGUAUUUUUUUUUUUAAUCAAAAACUAAAUCUAAGCUGAAACUGCUUAUUGUUAUAUUUUAGAUAAAAGAAUACGAAUGGGAGCUAAUUGGGAAUCUGAAAGAAAAACACUUGUCAAAUCUCACUGUCAACAUUUCACAUGUUUAUAUUAAAUGUGACUUAUUUCUGUACAGUGACAAAUGUUUAAUUUUCACUUUUCUACUGGUUGUAUGGAAGGCGUUGACUUCAUUGACAAACUGGGUCAAAGGAAUAGCUGAAAUUAAACUCACAUUUGCACAAUACCAAGCACCACAGAGAUUAUUUCAUUCCUUUUUUUUUUUUUUUUACCUGAAAAUGAUGUGAUGAAAUGGUGUUAAAUAGCACUUUCAAAACAUGUGGAUGUAAUGUAAAUAUGUAUAGAUAAACAACUUAUAAAAAUUGUUUCUAAAAGAG